UUUCUAUGCAGUUAUAAACAUUAUUUAAAAAACCAUCUAUAAGUAAUGUUCCAAGGACCAGCAAAUAUUUCUGAAAAAAUAUAAUUUUUGUUGUGAAUACUCAACGUAGUGGAAACUUUACUCCAUUAUGUGGGAUUUAAUUUUGUCAACAAAACCGUAUCCAUUAGUGAAUUUUAUUCGUUUGGGUAGGAGGCCAGGCACAAGAUCUGUGGAUAUUACAUUGUUCAAAUGGAUCAGAUGCGACGAUAUUUACAAGAUAUUUGUUACAAAAUAUAUGCCAGAACUAUAUAUAUACGAAAGAACUGCCAUUCUAUACGAUCUGAUAUAAAAAAGCAUCUGCGCCAAAAGAUUGGCCUGAAUAUACAAUAAAGAUCGUUGGUCGUGCAGACACAUACAAACAGGGUGUAGAGCGUUUAAACAUUUUGAAAUUUCAAGAAUUUGCUUAUACAUCUGAUCCCGAAGUUGAAGCUUUUGAAAAAAGUGCUAUAAUACAGGAACAAAUGAAAAAAAUGGAUCCUUUUAAUGCUGGCCUUGAAGGGAUACUUGAUGUUCCAAAAUUAUCCGAAUCUCAUAUUACAGCUUCCAUGAGCGUACAACCUGAGCCAUUAGCUAUUCGAGUGUUGUGCAGAAUUCUAAAGGAGAUUAGAACCCUGAAAGCAGACGUGCACGAAAUUUCGGUGGUACAUGAAGAGUUAAAAACGAUUAUGGAGAUAGAAAGAAGUGCGCAAUACGUCAGUAAGAAAACUUUCCAAGAGGAAUAUAAUCUCCAGCUGCCAUUCAAAAAUCUGGAGGAUUUAAAUUAUUUGAUGGGCGGCUUGCAACAGACGAAGAAUGCUGUCAUCGAUUCAGCCUUGAACAAUACGUUAAAAAACUACUUCUACAGAGAUUUGAUGAUGAACUUCACUGCCGUUAAAGAAGUGGUUAACAAGCACUUAUUUAAAAAGUACAACUUCUGCACACACUUACUAGGCAAUGGACUGAUUAUUACCUUUAAAUACUAAUAAGAGUCAAC